CGGUCCUUGAAACCCCCCAUCGCCAGUUCUAGAUCGGCAGAAGCCCAGGCCCCUUUCCCAUUGAUAAAGAGGAGCGGUCCCCCUGUCUCUCGCAGUCUCGCUCCCUCUGGUCCGUGAGACGCUUGCUUCCGUUUCUUGCUUUAGGGGAAUUUUUGAUCGAGAAGAAGAGAAGGGCGAAAUGGGCCAGAUCCAGUACUCGGAGAAGUACUUUGACGAUACCUAUGAAUACAGGCACGUGGUUCUCCCUCCGGAAGUGGCGAAGUUGCUCCCCAAGAACCGCCUCCUCUCCGAGAACGAGUGGCGGGCAAUCGGCGUGCAGCAGAGCCGGGGGUGGGUGCACUACGCGAUCCACCGCCCGGAGCCGCACAUCAUGCUCUUCCGGAGGCCCCUCAACUACCAGCAGCAACAGGAGAACCAGGGUGCCGCCGCCCAGAUGCUCCAUAAGUGAACCCCAAGUCCUUCGCUUUUCCUUCUCUCUCUCACUCUCUCUCGAGUUGCCUCAUCCCUCCCUUCUUUCCCCUAUCGCCUACCUACCCUCCACCUUCCACCUCGUUUCUUCUCUUCUGCCGCUCUUCUUGUGUUUGUGGUAAUGUCAAUCUCUGAGACUGACUGUGGCUGUGGAUGUCCUUCGCUCGGAACUCCUCCGCUUGUAAAACAAAAACAAAAAAAAAAUACUUGCUAUUUUCCUUUAAAAUAAUCUUUCUUUUCCUU